ACAAGGCCCCUGAAGGAUCUGUCUCUUGUAUGUUGCAGGGAUUUUAAAGGAAUCAUCCUGACCCUCCUCUGGGAGAGCAACGAGCAUCUGCUGACCAUCGUGGAGGAGUUUUACCGCAAAGAGAAGCGCUCAGUCACUAGGCCCGACUGCAUGUACGAAACCUUUGACCAGUGCGCAGAGAACAUUUGCAAGAAGAUCCUGGAGUACCAGAGCCAGACAGACAAGUACCACAACUCCUGCCUCAUAGAAUUACGGGCCCAGGUGAAGAGAUUUGAGGAGCUGCUGCCCCAGGUAUGCUGGCUGGUGAUGGAGAAUUUCAAGGAGCACCACUGGAAAAGAUUUUGCGACUCCACCAAAGAGAUUCGGGAGCAGUUCUGGGAAUAUCAGAAGCAGCUGGAGAAAAGGAAGGAUGAAAAUGCCCAGAAGCUUCAUCCAUAUCUCGGACACCCUGCACAUUUCCAAGAAAUGGAGUCUUUAUGUCAAGUGGAAGAGAAAAGGCAGGAAGAUUUGGACACCAUGAUUACAACAACCAGGGAGAAGCUGGAGGAAUUCACCAGGAAGUUCAGCCAGUCCUUCAUAGGCAGCCUGGCCACUUUCACCGAGAAGUUCCUGCUGCAAUUGGAUGAAAUGGUCACCAUCGAUGAUGUCCAGGGUGCAAGGAUGGAGCCCCCCAAACAGAAAACAUCAGUCCUCAUCCGGAGGAAACUCGCCGGGCUCUCCCUGGAGGAAGAGACUGAGAAGCCGCUGAUUGAACGAGGCAGCAGGAAAUGGUCCGGAAUCAGACCCACAAAAGUCACCAUCCAAAACAAGAUUCUCCUCCAGCAAACGUCGUCCAUCACCACCAUCAAAACCACCCUGGGCCACCAGGCGGCCGUGGAGGCCCGAGACGCUGUCUACCUGAAAUAUUUAGCAUCAUUUGGAGAGGAGCUGAAGAAGAUCCAGGAUGACCACACAUCGCAAAUGAGGGAGGCUCAGCGCUGGAAGGAUAGCUGGAAGAGCUCCGUGCGUACUAUCCAGGGCCUGUACUUAUGACACCCUCAACCCAGCCGAAUAAAGGCUCAUUUUG